AUGCAGGAAGAGGAGGAGGAGGAGGAGGAGGACGAGCAGGGAGAGGAGAGAAAGACGUCAGCUUGCAAUCUGCUCCCUCAGCACUGCUCCUCAGAUGUGGUCUGGCACCUAGUUCACAAAGUCAACCAGAUCCACACAUUGCCUUCAUAUAUCUUUGGAAAAGGGGGUGAGUGAUGGUAGAGGGGUGUGAUGGGGGGGAGAAAGUGAGGAGGAGGGAGUCGAAGAGGAGUGGGAAAAGCGAGUCUUUUGUGUUUACUCACACCGAGUCACUGCCAGAAACUUUAGACCACAUAAGCGCCUCACUUUUGUCAUCUCUGCUGACCCGGUCCCAUGUGAAAGAUUGAUGAGGGAGAUGAUGAACUAAAAUAAACCAAUCUCACAGUCACUCACACAGACAGGCAGCCAAGAGAGGCAGAGGAGCAGACAGACAGGCAGGGAGGGAGGCAGGCAGAAAGGCCCUCUUCAGAGAGCUAAACCAGAUCCAGAGGCUCCUCAGGCCAAGUCUUUUCAGAAAGAAGAAGAAGAGGAGGUCUGCUCCGGUCAGAAGCUGCCUGCUGCCCUCUUUUGUCAACAUGAUGACUGCACUGAACCGAGUUAUCACAGUCCCGUCAUCACAAACAGAGUGAAAGUGACCAAAUAA